GCGACAUCAUCGACAACAAGCUCAGCUGAAGCUGCAGCUGUGCUAGCCCUCCUGUGCCCUUCCCGUCUUGAAUCAAGCCUCUUAUUGCGUCCCAUGCGCCGCCGAUGAGUUUCUUUUCCAUCCUUCAGCAAAAGUCUCCUCCCAAAAUGGCCCCUCCUGUUACCAUCCGAAACAUCAGCAACAAUCCCUUGACUCUGGUCCUGGUCGAGCAUUUCGACCCUGCUCCAGAUGAGGGGUUUCAGAUGCAAAAUGUCACCAUGUCCUUGGCCUCGGUGACGAACAGUCUCGGGCUGACCAACAGCACCACGAGAAGAGCAGUGCCACAGAUCGACGGUGAUGCCAGGCCAUUUGCGACCCGAGAGGUGUCGAUAAAAUUACCACCAUUUACAAUUGUGCCUACCGAUAUCAAGGCAGUCAUCAACAAACCGCAGGAGCGGCUUCGAUUGACAUUCCAGACCGAACUAGGAGGCAAGCACCAGAUGUACUGUCCGGUGCCGACAACAGAGACACCAACUUUGGUGGCUUUGGCACCGAACCCCAAGAUUCGUUUCACUGGCAUCUAUCUGCCUGACACAUCCUUCGUGGCGCUCUACAACACGUCCCAUCUCGAUUCAUGGAUGAAGGAUAUGCCAGACAAGACUCCUCUUGGGGCGCUAUCAAUUCCAGGCACUCACAAUUCUCCGACUCACCACAAUGCACCUCCUUCCGUACGAUGCCAGGCUGUAUCGCCGAAGGAGCAACUGGACAACGGUGUACGCUUCUUUGACAUCCGAGUCCAAGUGCCUGAGCCGUAUGACGUCAAUUCCGACAAACUGCAUCUUGUUCACGCCGCCUUCCCUAUAUCUCUGGGAGGGACGAAGUACUUUCGAGAUCUCUACAACACGAUCCUUCAGUAUCUGAAAGACCAUCCUAGUGAGACGCUGAUUCUUUCCCUGAAACGAGAGGGCACUGGCAAGGGUACCGACGAGCAAUUGUCACGCAUUCUGAAGAAUCAUUACACCAACCCGCGAGAGUGGUACACUGAGCCUCGAGUGCCGACUUUAGGCGAAGUGCGUGGCCGCAUUGUCUUGCUCCGUCGCUUCGUGCUCGAAGAGCCGCUUCGCCACGAAUGGAACGGCCGUGGUUGGGGUAUUGAUGCUCACGUAUGGGCUGAUAAUACGCCUAAUGCGAUGUGCCCUUCGGGUGAUGUCUGCGUGCAAGACUUCUAUGAGGUGCUCGAAAGACCCACAGUUGAGAAGAAGAUCCAAUACGCCCGCGAUCACCUCGAGCGCAGCGGCUGUUGCAACUUCGAUCCCGAGAACAUGCAAGCUCAAGGAGGCAAGAAGUACCCGCUCUACGUCAACUUUCUGAGCGCCAGCAAUUUCUGGAAAGUCGGCACCUGGCCCGAGAAGAUCGCAGCUGAGGUCAAUCCUGCUGUUACUGCACACUUGUGCCAGAGACAUAUGUUGGGAGACAACGGCAAGGUCAAAGAGGGAGACUGGUCGACUGGAAUAGUGGUGAUGGACUGGGUUGGCUUGGGCGGUGAUUGGGAUAUUGCGCGUUGCAUCGUUGGUAUGAAUUCGAAGUUGAUCCGCUAGAUGCUGUACAGCUGGAACCAUUUAGAUAUGUUCUUGGGCAAUUGAAUGGAUGAACAUGGCUGACUCAGCCAACACACCG